UAUUCGGCUUUACGCCGUGCGUUUAAUAAAGUAAAUAUUUAUAAUUCCUACAAAUGGCCAACAACGUCUCGUUGCGAAAAGAAUAAAAAAUAUUAAUAAAAAUCCAUCUUCUUGGCUGUCAGUUUUAUGGGAGAGCACUCGUCGAUGGAAAUAUAAUCAAAUAACGUUGAAGUAAUUCGAGUGUUUUGCCUACCUUUCGGAACAAAUCAAGCCAAACUUUCCCAAAAAGCAAAAAAAAAACGAGAAGUCGUCUGUCUCUUCCUGUGUGUUGUGUGUAUAGAGAUUUUGAUUUUACAACACUACGCUCUAGCAUCGUAGUAAACGUAUAUUAGGAGCAACACACCGUAGCAGAGCAAAGCUGGUUGGAUGUACAAAAAGACGCGCAAUUAUUAUUACAACUAUUGUUUUUAUUUGGUAAAGUCAAGCGUAGCGUAGAGAGUAGGAGGUCUACGAAAAGACAGCCAGAAAUAGACAGAAAAGCAUCAAUACUGGCUCAAUUGUGGGAGAAAAUGGAUGAGGCCCUGUACUCGGCCACCUAUGUGGAUAACUAUAUUGAUUCGGUGGAAAAUCUACCCGAUGACGUUCAGAGGCACUUAUCGCGUAUACGUGAUAUAGAUGUACAGUAUCGAAACCUCCUGCGAGAUGUUGAUCAUUACUAUGACUUGUGGAGAUCCCUGCAGAAUUGUGGUGAAUCGAAUAUACCCCGACGGGCACGUUCUGUUACCCGUAUGCAACAGAGUUUGAUACAGGCCCAGGAAUUGGGCGAUGAGAAAAUGCAAAUUGUUACCCAGCUACAGGAAUUGAUAGAUCAUAAGACACGACAACUGGACACGGACCAGAAGAAUCUCGAUAUCAAAGAGGAAAAGGAAGAUGUUAUGCACAUGCAAAUGGAUGAAUGUGGUGCACCGACACCGCAGAAGCAAACACGUACUCAAAGUCCGGCAAGAGUGGGGGAUUUGUCGACAUUGUCCGGAGCCAUUGCCAAUGGUAGGUUACAAUUUUGGAAUGGGGGCGAAAGGAAACAAAUUCUUAAUGCUUUUUAUUUUGUUGUUCUAGGUUAUGGUGCCUCUGGCUCAAAUUCUGCUGGUGGCGGAAACUCCACACCAAACUCGGAACGUUCUGUGGGUGGCAGUAAUAUGACCACAAGUGGCAACAAUGCCAAUGGAAACAGCGGCCUUCUUAAUUCAUCCAGCCUGGAAAAUCAACGAAGCAAUAGCAAACGUUCUCGGCGCCGAAAUGACACCGUGGGCAACAUGGAAUUGGGUGGUAAUGAAUCCAACUCGGCCAAUGAAGGUGGCAGCAAUGGCAAUGAUCGCAGUAACAAUCAGAAAUCUUCAAGUGUGGCGGCGUCCCAGAAGAAAAGUGGUGUACAAAACAUGGCCGGAUCAGCGGUGGCAACAUCAGCUGUUACUGGAUCCGGUUCAGGAUCGGGUAAUGGCAGUGGUUCGGGUACAAAUCAUUCGGGCAAAAAGAAGAAACGCAAGGCCCGCGGUGCUGGCGCUCAGUCAUCGGCCCAAGCCAAUGCGCGAGAGGAAACACCACCACCAGAUCCCAUUGAUCCUGAUGAGCCGACAUACUGUGUAUGCAAUCAGAUAUCCUUCGGCGAAAUGAUUCUCUGCGAUAAUGAUUUAUGUCCCAUUGAAUGGUUUCAUUUUUCAUGUGUCUCGCUGGUAUUAAAACCCAAAGGCAAAUGGUAUUGUCCGAAUUGUCGUGGCGAUCGGCCCAAUCUUAUGAAACCCAAAGCUCAAUUCCUUAAGGAACUGGAACGUUACAACAAAGAAAAAGAGGAGAAAACGUAAGCCUCCAAUGACGGCUACCACCACCAUCCCCCCACAAUUUUAUGUUCAAAUCGAAGCACCGAACGACAUCAAUCCCCCGACGAUAUAUAUGUAUACAUUAAUAUUGAAAUUAUUUGAUUUCACAUUUAAGAAUAAGAAAACUUUAGUAUGUAAACAAAAAAACCAAGAGGGAAAGGUUGCGAUUUUCUUUUUUUAUAAAUACCGGUUAAUAAUGAGCGAUAUAUAUUAUUAUUAAUUAUAUAUAUAAUGGACUGUUUUUCUUUUUGUAAAAAGGCUAGAAGGAUAAUGUUAUGUUUUCUAUAAAAAAAAAACACACACACACACUCAAACUUAAUGCUAAUAUAUUUAUGUCGUUAAAAACGUUUUAUCUUCUUCUACGACUGUAGUGUACAAAA